CCCCUCAAGAGCACCAAUCGAACCGAGUGCCCCGUGUGGGGCUGUGAUGAGGCCCCCCCACCUCCGGCCCCCCGCCAAUCCAACGGCCGCCUGUGGCCGUUGUCUCGAAGUCGCGUAGGUACCACGAAUGCACCAAACUCGAACUCAGUGAACCAGUCCAGUGACCGUCGGAAGCGCAGUGUCGGGGAUACGACGACGGUCACCGCGCUGCGCUCAGGAUUCCGGCCUUGAGCCCUGGGCCAUGGCCGGGACGUCCCGGGCCCAGGCGGCGUGAUGUCGAGCUCGGCGAGCCUCGAGGCGUCCGCCACGCCGCCAACCCUCAAGAUGUCCAGCCGGCAACUGCUCAACGUCAGCUCACUCAGCAAGCACUCGGCGGCCGCGGGCGGCGGGGGCACGCCGCUGCUCGUGGCCGACGCGCGCAGGCGCCUCCAACUGGCCUCCGCGUCCCGUCUCGCCGUCCACCAGCUACUGGGCUCGCUGGCGCUGCUGUGCCUCCUGUCGCUGCUCAUGGCUUUCCUCGCUCUCUUCUUCCUGCAACGCGUGGCCAGCGCGGGCCCGCAAAACUCCGACAGCCCGGAGGAACACCUGGCCCUCUACCAGGUGGCCGUUGCCAUGAGCACCCUUACCAUAUCACUCAACCUGUGCUGCCUGUUCGUCUGCUGCAUCCAGUUCCUGCUCGGCGUCAAGCUGCUCCGGACGCCGAACGGACUCGACAGGACAAACAUGUUCAUCAAGAGGAGCUCCCACACCCGUGUGCUGGCGAUCGCCGGCUUUUUCUUGUCAAUACCAGUCUUUUUCACAGGAGUAAUCCUCUUCACAUUCAUCCACUUCCACGAGCUGCCAGCAAUCGUGACCAGUGUCGUGAUUGGACUGGGCAUCGUCUUCUGUGGUGUGGCAUCUGUCCACAACGUCUACCUCUGGCAGUGGGAGAAGACCUGUGCCACUCGUGAACUGGUUGAGAGCCGUGCGCUCGGUGUGCAGCCGGACCUGACCCACACCCUUGAGCUCUCGACGCUGGUGUGACUGUGUGUGUGAUGGUGAUGCUUGCUACGAGUGACUACCACACAAGACGGAGGUCAUUCAGGAACGAGGAACAAUCGCAACCGGUGCUCCUGCUCACAGCGACAUGUGACAUAAGUGACAUAAGAGUUUUGCUAGCAAACGGUAAAAGAAGCUAGUCAGCAUGGGGCCUCUCAUAUGAAUGAAAAGAUUAUUCUACACCUCAAUACAGCAACCACUGCUCCGCUAGGCCUUAUCUACGAGCAUGGCUGAAAGUUGCCAGCGAUAUUCUAAUGAAGUUUAAUUUGCAGCUUUUUAACUUAUUGUACUUGCACAUUGAAUCACUGUUUGCAGGUUUCGAAGUUCAUUUCGCAGUCUGCUCAUUAUACAUUGUGAUUUUUUUUUUUUCGCUUUUCAUAUCCAGCUGCUCUACUGUUCCUAAAGUAUUCGGAGCAGAGCCACCAGUUAAGUUGAAAUUAAAAUGUACCAUUCUGCUCCCACAAAGCCUGCCAAAACUGUGGUGUAGCCAAGAGAAAUUUCUGUAUCAGGCACCUAAAGCAGUAGAGCUUAAGACACAUGUCCUUAUAUCUUUUUUUUUUCUUUAGCAUAGUCUUCAAUUUUAAGCUCAUUAAUGGAAUUCCACAUGUGUGCACCAUGUAGCAUAUGCUGCAACUUCUUGAGAUGGUGAAUCGCGUGAAACAUAGUGUGAGAGAGGCACAUCGCGACUUGCUUUUCUUACUCUUCUAGCAGCCUUCUGGGCCAGCCAUGUUAUCAUCCACAGAAAAGCUUGCAGUGAUAAGAUAGUUGAAACAGGGUGAACAAACUGCUCUACAAGCUGUGUAGUACUUAAGCCAUCAGGAAGAAAACACAGGGCGUAAAGAGUUAUCAUAGCAGUUAAUUUAGGAAGUGGGCAACACAAGAAGCCACAGACAAUUAAAACAGAGUUAAUCAUACCUCCACUAAUGUUUAGGUAAAACAGCGAUAUAUGUUGGCACGUCAGUGGCAGGACUCCGUGUACUUUACAUGCACAUUAAAAAACUCUAGAUGGUCAGAUUUAAUCAAUAAAUGUUUACUGUACCGUCCCUCAUAGACUAGAUGUUACAAGUCAGAGAAUGCCAUCAACCUGUUGUUGUCAUUCUGUAAAAACAGGGUGAACGAAUUGUCCCACCAGGGAAAAAAUCUAAUACCGAAUCAAAAGCGCGGAUUCCAGGAUGCAACACAAUUUUCACAUGUUGCACACUAUGUGCAAGUCAUAGUGUGCAAGAUCUCCUAGGGACCAGAAGAAUAUAUGCAGCUACAACUAUUCUGCUUGCUGUAAAAUGUUCUUAACCACAAUGAAGUGAAAGCAGCAACACGAAAACAAAUCAACAUCGUCACAUCUGCACCACAUUUCCAUUGUGAAAUUCGAAAACAUCUCUUUUUCUUUUGGAAUUUUGUAGACAUGUUACGAGUGGUACACUGCAUGUUUCACAGUGAACCAAUCGAUGUAGUUUUACACACCUCGACCAAUUUAGCUAUGCGUGUUGAUAAUACAAAGAUAAUCUUUAUUUAGGAAGAACUUUUACAACAGUAAUUGUUAUCACCAUGUGCCAUUUUGACCAAGCAAUCUUCAUUACAUAGCUCACUGUAAAAGGCAGAAACACUCAUAAGUGCUGAAAAUGAAUGUUAUGUGACACAAGACUUAUCACUAGAGCUACAGUAACCAGCCCCCUAAACCCAAUUUUUUCAGCUG